AUGCUUCGUCGUGACCCUACCACCAUCUCGCUGACACAAGCGGACGUAGAGCAGUACGAGGCUAAUCGUCAGCGCAAGCUCCAGGAGAAGAAACUGCAGCAGCAGCAGCAAGAGCAACAGCUAGCACAAGCAGCUUCGACUGACUCGACUAACUCCAGCGAGAGGACUGUUGUCGAGCAGCCUCCCGCCAAGAAGAACCAGAAAGAUAGGAUCAUGGGUGCCGGCCGCGGCGACUAA